AUGAUUUCAUCAUCGUUGGCCUUCCCCGCGGGUGAAGAAACAAACACCACCACCAACCAGACUGUGAAAAAACUUCCCGUAACCGUCUACUACGAGACACUGUGCGGCGACAGCAUGGUGUUCAUCACCUACCAUCUCUACCCGACAUGGUUACGGCGCAGUACCGAGAUGAACCUCCGGCUAGUUCCGUUCGGCAAAGCAUCGAUUGACGAGGAACCGGACACGCCACCCAAAUACUACUGCCAGCAUGGACCACGGGAGUGCAAGCUAAACAUUCUGCACGGCUGCAUCCUCGAUAAGCUACCCUUCGAAAAGGCGUUCCCCGUGGUGGCCUGUCUGAUGAAGAAUUUCCGCACCGAUUUCGAAACGUGCAUCAAAGGGCACGAAGCGUCCAAGCAAACGAUUCUCGACUGCAGCGAAGGCCAGCAGGGGGCAACCCUUUUCAAACAGUUCGCAAAUGAGACGGAUAACGUGCAUCGGCCGCUACCCUUCGUGCCUUCCAUCGUCGGUGAUCAGCCGUACGAUUACUACGAGCAGGACGAUUGGUUGUACCGUUUCGAUAAGACGUUUGCGAAGCGCUACGAGGCAAAGUUUGGUGUGAAACUGUGAAGUGUUUCAUUGAAGUGGAAAACAUUCGAAAACAAGUUGAUUGUUUAAUGGACACCUGGUUGUCUAUCAACACGCUUCUUAUGCUUAUUUUGUGAUUUUCAAAUAUCUCCAUAAUUGUUUCUUAUUCACAUUCUA